ACCACGUAUCUCUUUGUGGGGAAAACGGCAUCAUGAGCGUGAGAGGUUUCAGCAUCUGCUACCAUUUUAGAUGCCACCUGUUUCUGAGGAAGCUAUGUUUUCUAGAAACUAUGUGCUCUGGAAUGAAGCACACAGGUUUAAAACCCUCAGUGCCUUGCGGCAUGACUCGAGUUUCUGUAGCACGGCAGCCCCUUUAGUCGGGAAGUCAACACGGAGUCACUGCCAGGAGCAGUUUCUGAUUUUUUGUUUUUUUGGUUUUUUUUUUGUUUUGUUUUGUUUUUUUGUUUUUUCCCCCAGUUUCCACGAAGGUUUACGACACGCCGUUUCGACACACCCCUUCCCUCCUCAGGAAGCCAAGCUCCGCAGAAGGGACGGAUCCCUCCCCUCCCGGCACGGAGGGUCCGAGGCCCGCCCCGCGGCCUGAGGCGGCUCCCAGCAUGCCCCGCGCGGGUGCGGCCAUGUUGCCGCAGCCAUGUUCCACAGCAGCACGCAGCGCCGGCACUGGACUUUCCGCAGCGAGGAGGAGCUGGCGCGGCGCCGCGCUGAGGGCAACCGCCGGGCCCAGGCCAGGGCGGUGGCCAGCGGGAAGGUGUGCGGGGCCGCAGGGGUUGCGGGGCGGGGCGGGGCGCCAGGGUGCGACUGCGGCGGACUCAGGCGCGGCUUUGCUUCUCCCAAGGUGCCGCAGGGCGACCCGGUGCUGCUGGAGCCGCACGAGGAGCUGGCACUGUGCAAGUACUAUGAGAAGAGGCUGCUGGACUUCUGCGUCGCGUUCAAGCCCGCGAUGCCGCGGUCCGUGGUGGGGACAGCUUGCAUGUAUUUCAAACGCUUUUACCUCAAUAACUCAGUGAUGGAGUAUCAUCCUCGGAUAAUAAUGCUAACAUGUGCAUUUUUAGCCUGUAAAGUAGAUGAAUUUAAUGUAUCCAGUGCACAGUUUGUUGGUAACCUUCAAGAAAGUCCUCUUGGACAGGAAAAAGCUCUUGAACAAAUAUUGGAAUAUGAACUGCUACUUAUUCAGCAACUGAACUUCCAUCUCAUCAUCCACAAUCCAUACAGACCAUUUGAGGGAUUUCUAAUUGAUAUUAAGACUCGCUAUCCAGUGUUGGAAAAUCCUGAAGUUUUGAGAAAAACAGCUGAUGACUUCCUUAACCGAGUGGCUCUGACAGAUGCAUAUAUGCUCUUUACACCCUCACAGAUUGCUCUUACUGCCAUAUUAUCUAGUGGCUCAAGAGCGGGAAUUAAUAUGGAAAGCUAUUUAUCAGAAACUCUUAUGCUGAAAGAAAACAGAUCAACUUUAUCCAGAUUACUAGAUGACAUGAAAUGCAUGAAAAAUCUUAUUAGAAAAUACGAACUGCCGAGGCCUGAAGAGGUUGCUGCUCUAAAACAGAAGUUAGAGAAGUGUCACAGUUUGGACCUUCCAUUUAGUGCAAACCCGAAGAAGAGGAAAGGUUAUGAAGACGAUGAAUAUGUCACAAAGAAAUGUAAAAUGGAUGAGGUCAGUAAAACUACAAGUUUUUCCUGUUUUUUUUUAAUUCUUAAUGCCAUGACAAAAGUGACACAGCUACUAGGAUAAAUUUGUGCAUCUGUAAUAUCAUUUUACUUGUUGCUUAAACUGAACCUUUUUCAAUGUUUUUCUGUUGUUUUUUUUUUUGUUUUUUUUUUCCAUUUUAAAUGAGCCAGAUUUCAUACUUGCCUGUGCUUGGACAUGUUCCUGAAUACACCUGUCUCUGUGUGGAGAGGGCAACGAAUAUGCAGACCAUGCUUACUGCUGUUUCAUGUGCUUUCAAAGUUCUUAUUUACUUUAUUUGUUUUCUUGCUCAAAGUAGUGUGGAGUAUUGGACUAAAUUUAUGUCAGAAAAUUUGUUAACAAGGCCACAUGAAUUACAGAAAGUACUUUGCAUUUUAAGACCAGGUAUAAAUAAAGUGGAGAUAAACUGACAAGGAUGACUCAAAAAAUAAAAACAAUAUUAAGGCUAUCCUUCACAUCUGAGAUGAACACCUUCCAGAGUUUUUGUUUUAAUGUAGACAGGAAAUGGGAGAGAGUCCAUGCUGGCAGAGGUGAAGAACAUUUUUUAACUGGACUGAUCAUGAUACUAAAGACAUUGGAUACUGAGAGUUUAAGACACACCAUCUAUGGCAUUUAAAAAAACGUGCUAAAAUUUGAUGUGGGUCAAAAUCUGAAGAUAAAAGAUUUGUGUCAUUUGUUGUUAGAGAUUAUCAUAGUA